CACAACAACGCCCUCCCCUGCAUCUCGCUCUCCGGCUAGUUUGGCUAGCUGCUCCCCUGUUCCUGCUCUGCUUCGCUCGCUGCAGCUGACAAGCUGAGCUGAGCUCUCGGAGCUCCCUCCCCUGUUUGCACGUGCACGAGGAGAAGACAGUAGCGGAGUAGAGACUCCGCGCACGCUCGUUAGCCAUGGUGGCGAUCACGGCGCCGAGCUCGAUCGAGCAGAUCCCGCUGAUGCGGUGCCCCAAGGCCAAUGCGGGCCAGGCGGCCGCGGCCAUCCCGUGCGUCGACCUGUCGGCGCCGGGCGCGGCGGCGGCGGUGGCGGACGCGUGCCGAAGCGUGGGCUUCUUCCGGGCGACCAACCACGGCGUGCCGGCGGGCGUGGCCGACGCGCUGGAGUCCCGCGCGAUGGCGUUCUUCGCGCUGCCCGCCCAGGACAAGGUGGACAUGUCCGGCGCCGCCCGGCCCCUGGGCUACGGCAGCAAGACCAUCGGCUCCAACGGCGACGUCGGUUGGCUGGAGUACCUCCUGCUCUCCGUCAGCUCCAACUCCGUCAAGGUCUCCUCCCUGCCGCCCCCGCUCCGGACGGCAUUGGAGGAGUACACGGCGGCGGUGCGGGAGGUGGGCGGGCGGGUGCUGGAGCUGAUAGCGGAGGGUCUCGGCGUGGACCGCGCGCUGCUGCGGUCGAUGGUGGUGGGGCGCGAAGGCGGCGACGAGCUGGUGCGGGUGAACCACUACCCGCCCUGCCCGCUGCGGGCGCCGGGGGACUGCGGCGUGACGGGGUUCGGGGAGCACACGGACCCGCAGAUCAUCUCCGUGCUCAGGUCCAACUGCACCGCGGGCCUGCAGAUCAAGCUCCGGGACGGCAGGUGGGUCCCCGUGCCCCCCGACCCGGAAUCCUUCUUCGUCAACGUCGGAGACUCGCUGCAGGUCCUGACGAACGGGCGGUUCCGGAGCGUGAAGCACCGGGUGGUGGCGCCGGAGGGCGCGCAGUCGCGGCUGUCCGUGAUCUACUUCGGCGGGACGGCGGCGUCGCAGCGGAUCGCGCCGCUGCCGCAGGUGAUGCGGGACGGGGAGCAGAGCCUGUACCGGGAGUUCACCUGGGGCGAGUACAAGCGCGCCGCCUACAAGACCCGCCUCGGCGACCACCGGCUCGGCCCCUUCGAGCUGCGCGCCGCCGCCAGCGAGCCCGCGCAAGUCGCCGACCCGCAGCCGCACUGCAGCAGCGGCACCUGCAUGCCGCAGCAGCAGCAGGUGGCGCAGGUGUACUAGCUCUGGCUGGGACCGGGGAGAGGCGUGCCAGGCUAGGCUCUGGCUGCAGGCUGCAGGCCCUGAUCGAUGGAAUCAUCGAUUCGACCUGGCCUUUUGUUUAAUCCAUAUCGGGUAACUGGGUUGGAUGCAGCAGUAACCCUGGCAGGUCCAGGACUGGCACCUGCAGCCCUGCUUCUCUCGCUGCCUGAGCUUGACGGCCUUGACCGCUGCCUGCGUGUACAUGGCCGGGCCGUCCUUGUAACUUCCCGUAGUAGUGGCUAUUGUUUGCGUGUAUGCUGCCCACUUUUGCUGCUUACUCUACCCUACUUUAACGGGCUGGCGGUUGCUAAUGACUGCUUGGGCACCGUACGGAAACAGGCAGCUCAAUUAGGCUGCGCAUGUAACUGCAUCCGUGACUUCUCUUGCUUAAAAGGGGGAUGCUACUGCCAGUCAAUUGUUGAA